GUCCGACACGAUGCUGCUGACAACAUUUCGCGGACUUUGGUCCAUUUCAACUGUCAUUUCUGCCGCUGUCUUCUUGGAGAGGGAUGAUGCGCACGUGGUGCUUGACAGAUCCAGGCGCGCCAGCAGCGGCUACUUGGAGGAGAUGAACAGAACUCGGGCGCGAGGUGUCGAGGAAAUUUGGUGGGAACCACUGUCGAAAGGAGCCUGUCCAUGGCAGGUCCUGUUGAAGCAUAAAGGCUCUAGUCUGUGUGGUGGGGUCAUAGUUCAUCCUGACUGGGUCAUCACUGCUGCCCACUGUGUCCUGGAUAGAGACAACAAGGACCUAAUGGUGGUCGCAGGGGAACACAACAUUGAGUUAGACGAGGGCACCGAGCAGAGGACCGUUGCCAGAGCCAUACCCUACAACCUGUACGACCCGGCAACAGGUGACAGUGACAUCGCCCUGCUGCGUCUGAGCGAGCCUGUAACUCUGGGCCCUAACGCUGUACCCGUCUGCCUGCCUCAGCAACACUUCGCCAAGAGUGAGCUUGCGGCCGUCCGCUUCCACACCCUCAGCGGCUGGGGGCACACCAACGGGGGCAACGAUCCCCAACCCGGCACCAAGCCAGCCCCCUCUCGCCCCUUCCUCCGCAGGCUAGCCACACCCAUCCUGCCCAACUCUGAGUGCACCCUCAAGAGCGGCUUCAAUUUCACCCAGAACAUGCUGUGUGCCGGCUACUUCGUGGGGAACCAGGAGGCCUGUAGGGGGGACGAUGGGAGCCCCCUGGUCAACUAUGGGGCCACCCACUUCCUGAUGGGCGUGGUGGCCUGGGGGAAGGGCUGCCCCAAACAGGGUUACUAUGGCGUCUACACUAACGUAGCCAACUACCUGGACUGGGCUGAGGAGGUGAUGAAUUCUCCUCCAGUCAGUGCCCCGGUGCCUUCAGUCAGUGCCCGGUGAUGCCAUUCCUGCUAGAGAUGGCAUUAGAUGAGGUUCAGAUUCAGCAGGCUACGGAGAAGUUAGUGCCACCACCUCCCAUUGAAUAUGAGUAGCGAAUAUGGCUAACUCCCAUUAGAUUUGUCACCAGUCACCACACAACACCAAACGUCACUACAGUGAUUCUAAUGCUAGGUGUUGUCACAUCACAUCAAUAAAGAUUUUCAUAUUAGAUGGAAGCUACAGUAUAUCAUGCUACUGGUGUAGCAUAUCGUCCUGUUUCAUCGCUUUGUAAACAGACAUCUUUUCACUCUGCUAUUCUUUUCAUUUGACUCUUAAUGUAAAGUGUAAGUUUCAUGACUCAAGUGGUGAUUCAGAUGACCUGAUGCCAUACAGAAUGUUUGACCUGAUGCCAUACAGAAUGUUUGACCUGAUGCCAUACAGAAUGUUUGACCUGAUGCCAUACAGAAUGUUUGACCUGAUGCCAUACGGUAUGUUUGACCUGAUACCAUACAGUAUGUUUGACCUGAUGCCAUACAGUAUGUUUGACCUGAUGCCAUACAGUAUAUUUGACCUGAUGCCAUACAGUAUGUUUGACCUGAUGCCAUACAGAAUGUUUGACCUGAUGCCAUACAGAAUGUUUGACCUGAUGCCAUACAGAAUGUUUGACCUGAUGCCAUACAGUAUGUUUGACCUGAUGCCAUAUAGUAUAUUUGACCUGAUGCCAUACAGUAUGUUUGACCUGAUGCCAUACAGAAUGUUUGACCUGAUGCCAUACAGAAUGUUUGACAUGAUGCCAUACAGAAUGUUUGACCUGAUGCCAUACAGAAUGUUUGACCUGAUGCCAUACAGAAUGUUUGACCUGAUGCCAUACAGAAUGUUUGACCUGAUUCCAUACAGUAUGUUUGACCUGAUGCCAUACAGAAUGUUUGCUUCCCAAGACGUACAUUUACUUCCAAAGAUUCCUCUCUGAUAUCUGAAGAAUAAAUAUUACUUGCUGACAAACUAAA